AUGGCCGUUACUAAGUGCUUGGCAAGAAUGAGGACUUUGGGUAUCACUGUCGUUUGUGUAAUCCACCAACCACGCUACGCUAUCUUUAAACAGUUUACACAUUGCCUACUACUCGGCAAGGGCGGCAAGACUGUGUAUAUUGGUAAAACUAGUCAGGUUGAGGACUACUUCGUUAGUCAUGGCUUUCGCAUCCCCAGGGGAGAGAACGUCGCCGACUGGUUCAUCGAUAUCAUCUCGGGUGCAGUUGAUCAUUAUCAACCCGAUGGCUCAGUCGAUAGGAGCUUCCAGAAGGAAGAUCUAUUUGAUUAUUGGACGGAUUAUCAAGAGCACGAGGCUGAGCAUCUUCAGGAUAAUCGACCGGAACCUCUCUACUUGCGGACGAUUUCCGUUCGGCAACUCGGCGCUACGAACUCGGAGAGCAGUGGAGCCCCUCAGACCUCGGAGGAAUUGAGGGAUAGGUUGUGCGAACUAUUAGACACCGAACCUGAUGAUGAUUUGUCUCCUACGCAGUUAUAUCGCUUGGCAAGGCUGUUUGAGAUUGAGUGUGAUAUGUCUGAGGCAAGGGAGCUCUAUAGAGUGUUGAAGGCCGAGCAAGGGGAAGUUACUUGUGAGAGCUUCGCUAAGAUGAUGCAUGGAGGCGCCUCAGAACAAGUCCAUCUUGAUAGUCGGCAGGUUUUGCCUGAUCUCAGUCGGUUAAAAGACCGGCAAAUCGCCAAUGCUGGUGAACAGUUGGGGCACUUCUUAUCUCGGAACGUGGCUCUCAUUUCACUCGGCCAGCUUUUCCUCGAUCUUUGUCUCAACUUUUUGGCUGCUGUUAUCAUUGGUACGACAGUGCAGCGAACGAAUGGAUAUGAUAUGAUGGCUAACAACAACAUGAUGGGUUUGAUGUUCUUCGCCAUCAUGAUCGGUGCUGGCUGCUUACAGGUUUACAGCUUUGAGUUCCUGGCCUUUGAGCGAGAUGCUUCCGCUGGUACUUCUGUCCUCGCCUAUUGGGCAUCGAAGACGUUAUGUCAUCUGUUUGAUACAUUCCUGUUCACUUUGAUAUUCACAGCUACUUGGUAUCUCAUCAUCCAGGCCAACUACAAUGGCGUCUAUGGAUACUGUAUAUUCUUCAUCUUCGCCUGGUGGGUGACAGGCUUCGGUCAGCUGAUGACUGUAGUCUUCCCGAUGGCAAUAUCACUGUUGUUGGCUGUCAUCGUGCCGGUGGAGUUUGUGACCAUGUUUGGUGGUGUCUCACCUCCCAUAAGCUCUGAUGGCUUCUUCCAGAAGGCUGCCACUUACUUUGGCUGCGGAUAUUAUGCGACGGAGCUCCUCACUAUGGCAGAAUUCACCGCUUUGCCUUCGAAUAUCUUGGACUUGAAUGUCGUCGCUGAUACCGUCCAUGGGUGCAAAUAUGGGUCAUCUUAUUACAUUCUUCGAGAUGUCUGCAUACUUGUCGGUAUGGGUCUCAUCUGGAGACUGUGUACCCUGGCCUGGCUGGAGAUAAUAGUUAAAUAUCGCAGAGAUGGCCUGGAUUCGAUGCUGCCAUGGUUGGCUCAUUUGAUCGACUACUUUAACACCAAGUUCAAUCCUGUGGUGAAAGACCCCGAUAGUCAUAACCGAGGGACCAAGAUGAACACUCCCAGUCAUAUAUCGAAUGCGGUAUAA